AUGACGGGUGCCAAGGUCCAGUUUUUGGGCGCGUUGACCACCCUCAGCCACGACCACCAAGAUUCUUCUCACCAAACCCACAAAAUGCCUGCCAUCAACAACGCCCUGGUUGCCCGUGAGGCCAUCUCCCACAUCACCAAGCGUGAGAACUGGGCCCAGAAGGAAGCUGGUGUUGUCGUCGUCUUCUGCAUCGUCUUCGUCGUCGCCGUCGGUGUCAUUGGCCUCUUCAUCAGCAAGAAGAUCUCUGCCGCCCGUGCAAGGAAGCAAGCGAUGUCCGGCUAG